CGACCCCAUCAUUCGGUGCUUUGUACCACCCACCACUUUCUUUCUCAUCCUAUCAUGACCUCUCCUCCCGAAACGUGGGAUAAUGAGGACGUCUCGCAAAUCGAUCCUUUCGUUCCUGUCUUCACUUCACACUCCCGCUCCCGUUCUUUGCAACAAUCUAGUGAUCUACUAGGCUCUCCGCUAACCGGAGAACAUGCGCCGCUCCUCAAUCGACCAUCUCGCGUCAAGAAGCCGUUCUACAGGCCACGGCCGCUGUGGCUCGUGCCAUUCGCAGUCAUCUCCGCCCUCGUCCGCGGGAUGACCCUUGCGCCUCGCAUCGAAGUGUUUACUCAACUGUCAUGCAGUCGGUUACAUCAUAGCUACAACCACACGCGCGCCAUCGAUCCUCCUCCGCCGUUCGUACCCCCGCGCGGGCCUCUCUAUUUCUCGGCGGACCCGCUUGGACCUCAGCUCGUUCCCAGCGACAAUGCUCCAAUCCUAGCAUUUGUUGGGGAGCCGACGAAUAACGAGCCGUGGGACGACACGGACACGGGUGGGGACGAUGUACGGCGGCUGCCCUCUGCGAGAUGCAUGGCCGACCCCGCGGUCCAAGCGGGUGCUGCGCGGCUGCAGACUAUCUUCACUACGACGAUGGGCUUGCUCAGCGCGUUCACCACGAGCUGGUGGGGUCAUUUCGGGGAACGGCAUGGACGGACGAGAGUUCUCGCUUUCACCACGAUUGGGCUCUUAAUGACGGACCUCAUCUUCAUAUUAUCAUCUACGCCGUCUUCACCCUUCUCCUCCCAUGGUCACAAACUUCUACUGGUCGCGCCCAUCAUCGAGGGACUGCUCGGCAGUGCUUCAACUCUUCAAUCCGCAACUUCAGCCUAUAUUUCGGACUGCACAUCGAGUGGUAGUCGGGCCUCAGUGUUCUCUCGGUUCACGGGUGUGUCAUUCCUCGGAUUCGGACUUGGACCCAUCAUCGGUGGAUAUCUCAUCCGCAAUCCUAUAUCGUUCUUGGAUGGUCCGCCCCACCCUGGGCAGGUCAACACGCCCUCCGUGACCUCUGUGUUCUGGGUCGCGAUCGUCCUUCAAUUCAUCAACUUGUGUCUUGUUGCGCUGGUCUUCCCCGAGUCGGUGUCCAAGGAACAACGCGCCCUUGCUGCUGGCAAUCACAAGGGCAAGGGCAAGGCUAGAGAUAAUUCGACUAGAUUAGCCGACGUCGCCGAGGAAACAGAGGUCGAGUCCGGAUUCUUGACAAGGCUUCUGUCUCCUUUGGCUGUUUUCAUGCCGGUGUCGAUUACUAUUCCUGGGACGACGCGGAAGAGAACUGACUGGAGCCUGACGUUUGUUGCCUGUGCGAUGUUUGGAUAUAUGCUUUCCACUGGACUGUAUCAAAUCAAGUAUCUAUAUGCCGGCCAUGUGUAUGGCUGGGGUGCCGAGCCGCUCAGCUACUAUAUAUCACUGUUGGGAACCACGCGUGCCGGUUUCCUGUUGUUUGUAUUUCCCCUGAUCAUCUCUACUUUCAAACCCAAGUCCGACGCUCCCAAGGACAAGGCGAUGUCCAAAGCCGAGAGACCUAAGCCGACCAAGGGGCAACUUGCCAAAGAAAUCCGAUUCGACAUGGGGCUCAGCCGGCUCUCGUUGAUCACCGAUAUCCUAGCCAACACAGCGAUAUUGGUUUCUCCGGCUCCGACCUACAAGAUGCAUUCGAAUCUUAUGAACGAUCUGGUGCCGCCGUCCACGGGCAACUCGGAGUUCCAGAAGUCGCAAGCGUUGUUUGUUUUUGCUAGCUGGGUGCAGUGCAUGGGCGCUGGUAUUGUUCCUGCCAUCCAGAGUCUUGCCUUGUGCAUCGUACAAGCUCGCUCGUUGCUUGCCUCCGAAUCUGGCCAACUGCAAACGAAAGAUGCUGGUGCCGGUGCAUUGUUCGGUGCACUGGCUGUUUUGCAAGCUAGUGGGCAGAUGGUUCUUGGGCCUCUUCUGUUUGGCCUGGUAUAUAGCGGCACUGUUUCAGCGUUCCCAAAGACGGUGUUCGUACUCUCGAUCGGCAUCCUCAUCACAUCGUUCAUCGCCAUUCUUCUUGUGCGAAAUCCGCUGUCCAAUGCCAAUGGCAAAGGAGCUAUGCGCAAACGUCGACGGGUCAGUGCUAGUCAAGAGCAAGAGGAGUCUACUCGUGGCAGAUCUCGGGUCAGCAAGGAUCUCGGCUAUGGCAGCACCAUGCAGCGACCGCCAGCGCUGGGGGAGCCAUCCUCCAGCGGACGGCUGGGGUAAAUGGCUAGUAUUCUGUUCUAUCUAUUCUAGAACAUAUGUAGUCCUCUUUUAGUUUACUAUCUAUAUCCUUGUAUUAUAAUCAUCAUCUCCUGGCCCGGAGCACACGCAAAUCACCUGUCGACACACAAUCCAACACAGCCACGCUUCUUGUACACCCCCUCCCCCAACCGUUGCUUUGAUCGAAAGUGCUGGUUCGCGAUGGAUCUUGAAGCCGCCAAAGACGUGGAAAAGGUCGACGUGGAGGGAAUCGAGGGAACUUCCUUUUCGAUCGAUCCGAACCAACUCUCUCCGGGUUCCCUUGUCAUCAUGAACAGCGCCGAUCCUUCUGCUGAGCCCUUCAUCACGACGAGAGAAGCGUUCCUAAACGCGAUCCCGGACAGCGGUCCGCUAGUUCGGCCCUGUGGGAACUGCCAGAACGUACCGCCCAAAGGCAAAGAGUUCUCGAAAUGCGCAAAAUGCGGGGGCACAUACUAUUGCAGCCGCGAAUGCCAAAUGUGCGCGUUUUCGCCCACUCCGAGAGACUUUUCGUUAUCGAUCAUCGUCGGUCUAGCGCCCACUGGAAGGAACACAAAGCGACAUGCAAGCAUCGUGUAGGAAUGAAUGCGAAGUUUGCGCAGGCCAAGGAGGCCGCGCUGGCAGCGGGGGAGAAGUACUUUCAUCCCGCUACGUUACAGUCGUGGUAUCGCAUCAACCACGCUGCCAUCGAGUACGCUGGAUUCUAUGCGUUGGAACACCACAAGGGCUUCGUGCAGUCGCUGAUCCGGACGCACGUCGCGCUGUUCCUGGUACGUGUGGACGAAAACGCAACAGAAGACCCGAGGGCCGUCCGCCUGGAAAAGGUCGUUCCGAUCCUGCUGACGGAGCUGGCUGCGAUGCUGCGGAUGACCGAGUCGAAUCUCGCGCAGUGCAAGAGGGCUGCGCGCAUGGGCCAGAUGGCUCUGUUCUUCAUGGACAUGAAAGCCAAUCUGCAAGUGCUCGAGUUCCACGAGCCGCCUUCACCCGAGCCGUAUCUCAAUGGGACGAAACCACUCGACCCAUUCUGGGAAAUCCAUGUCAUGCUCAAGGUCAAUGGGGGCCUGCCAGCCGAGGAAGAGGAGAAAACGGAGACAGAUGCUACGGCGGAAAUGCCUGCGGUGGAGGCGCAGUUAGAGCCGGAAAAACCGGCGGAAACAGACCCUGCAAGUAAAUGAAAUGUAUUUUAUCGCGUUCUGUCACGGCUGUU